GCGACGACGCAUCGUUGCAAUGUUCCUUGCCGCUGCCUGCGGCAAUGCCGUGCACGUGUACGACAUUGAUGGAGGCACUCUGCGUGAGGGGCGGAAGAUCUGCAGCAACAUUGAAGCUACAUGCGCCGUGUGGAACCACAACAAUCGCAUCCUUGUCAGCGCGUUUGCGAACGGGCUCAUUUCGAUCAACUCCCUAACGAGUCAACGCGACGCGACUGUUUUCAAUCUUCAAGAAGGCUCCAGUGGUGUCGACAUGCGUGUGAACAGUUUGCAUCUGAGCGCCGGGUCGCGCUACUUGAUCAGCGGGGGCACAGACCGCGCGGUUCGAGUAUGGGACCUUAAGCGCCAACAACUCAAGCAUGCAUUCUCCGCCUGCAACAGCGCAAUCCGAAGCGUCACCUUCACAGGUCAAACCGACGAGUUUAUCGUGGCGGGUUGCGAGAGCGGGGACAUCUACCUAUACCACACCCAGCAAGGCAUUGCCGCCGGCAUGUGCCGCGAUCGGGAGGACGCGAGUGCCAUUCAAGCCGUCCAGUCGUCCACUCACCCGUUCGUACGGAACAAGCUGGGGACGGUGCAAAUGUCGGGCACGCUUCGUCUGUGGGACAUUACAACGGCAUCGCAAACGUCGAGUUUUCCGCGCUUGCAUUGGGCGCCAUCCACGUGCAUUGCGUUCUCCCCCGUGCACAAACACUUGGUCGCGACGGGCGGCCUCGACAAGCGCGUUGUGUUUUGCGAUAUGGGCGUGCAAAAAGAAAUCAACUGCCUGGAAUCACCGUAUGCCGUCACGACCAUGUCCAUGCAUGCCAAUGGCCACCUCAUCACGACGGGGACAUCUACAGGGCACGUCUUGCUGUAUGACUUGCGCGGUGCCACCAAACCUCUCGCGAUUGUCGAGCCGUGCGGAGCGCAGGCCGCAGCAGGAGCCGCCAUGCCGUCGGUGCAGUGGAUUCAAUUCAGUCAAGAUCGGAUGAAAGACGGUGAUGCGUCGAUGGCGUCGUCGUCCAGCGCAUCCAUGAAGAAAGCCAAAUCGUUCCACAUGCAAACGCUGCAAACGUCGCUGCUCAAUUUGGUCCCGUCGUCAGCGUCGUUGGAUGGCGCGAGUGACGACCGGCUCAAGUCUUCGCUGUCGACCAAAGGCCGCAGCGCCGCCUUGCCUUUGGCGACCUUGGCAGGGCUGUCUGGCGCAGCCCCAGUCGGAAAACUUAGCGACCCGCUGCCAUCCACCUCCGAUCCGACCCCUGCCAACUUGACGGCGGGCGAAGCGUCCUCUGAGAGCAUCGCGUGGCUACGGCAAGAGCUGCAUGACCUCCGCGAUGGUCUGUCGGAGCAAAUUCAACUUGUUCACUUGGAAGUCCUUCGCCAACACCAGACCCAACAAACAGAACUGGCCAACGCAAUGCAUGAGCUCAAGCUCCAAAUGGCGCAACUCCUCGCGGAAAACCAGCACUUGCGCCGAGAAAACGAAAGGCUCAAACAUAUAUUCUAACGAGAACUAUGUCUCGCUGAGAUUGUCUUGACAUGGCAUCAGCGCUGCAAGUCGAUUUCCCGCCUCCCAACUCUAUUCAAUCUGG